AUGGAGACCUUUUGCCGGAACUUGGUGGCGGCCGCCGGCAUCCACGGCCGCAAACAAGAUGAUGGUGGAAACCACCACUUUGUUUCUUCAUAUGAAGAUGGUGAUGAAAUGGGAACUUUGGUAUGUGUCACUAGUGGUGCUUCUUAUGUUGGACUUGCCUUGGUCAACCAUCUCUUGCAAUUAGGUUACUCUCUUCGGAUCACAGUUGCCAACCCAGAGGAGAUGGAGAAAGUGAAGGAAAUUGAGACAAAGGGCAAAGUGGAAGUAAUAAUGGCAAAGCUAACUGACAUUGAUGGGUUGGAGAAAGCAUUUGAGGACUGUCGUGGCGUGUUUCACACCUCGGCAUUCACUGACCCUGCAGGCCUAUCUGGAUACACAAAAUCCAUGGCUGAGAUUGAAGUCAGGGUUGCUGAGAAUGUGUUGGAAGCGUGUGCAAGAACACCUUCAAUAAAAAGAUGUGUGUUCACUUCAUCACUAGCAGCUUGUGUGUGGCAAGACAAUGCACAAUCAGACCUUACCCCAGUUAUUAACCAUGGCUCUUGGAGCAGUGAAUCAUUCUGCAUAGAGAAGAAGCUUUGGUAUGCAUUGGGCAAGAUGAGGGCAGAGAAGGCUGCUUGGAGAGUAGCUAAUGAGAGGGGUGUGAAGCUCACUACCAUUUGCCCAGCUCUCAUUACAGGUCCUCAAUUUUGUCAUAGGAAUCCAACAGCAACAAUUGCUUUCCUCAAAGGUGCCCAAGAAAUGUACUCUCGAGGUUUGCUAGCAACAGUGGAUGUCACCAAACUGGCUGAAGCUCAUGCAAGUGUGUUCAAGGCAAUGAAGAACAGUGCUUCUGGUAGAUACAUCUGCUUUGAUAAAGUAAUUGAAACACAAAGUGGGGCAGAGAAUUUGGCCAAGGAAAUUGGAAUGCCUAAGGAAAAGAUAUGUGGAGAUGCAUCAAACAGUUCUGUACAAAGAUUUGAACUAUCUAAUGAGAAGUUAUGCAGACUCAUGUCAAGGCCACUCAGGUGUUACAGUGAGUAUUAG